GGUUCACAUUUGGUGACAACGCGUAUGAUAGAAAUACACCAACCUGAGGGGAGGUGUGUAGCAAAAUACGUCCCUGUAUUUUCAAAAAUACGGAGUGCGGCGGUGAUUUUUACUAUUUCCAUGCCCUUUAUUUUUCACCAUGCCUUACAUCUCCGAGCGCAAAAAACAACAACUUCGCUACCUGGAAAGAACGAUAUUUUUCGACUGACGAUAAAGACGACCAUGAGGAAGCAGAAGAAUUAAUGACUCUAUACACAUUCAUCUCGUUGUCUCGCUUCAUGGACGACCGUACUAGGCGACAUCGAGAUGGUCAUUUUCGAAAAGUUUCCAACGCUCAACAGCGACGAGUUUCAG